AUGGACACUUCUAACUUGGGUAUGAACCGCAUGAGUUCCCCUCCUUGCCUGAAUCUUGGCGGACGCUGGCCUUCUCAAGGACGGGGACGUGUUCGUCCCUUGUGCAACCCCAGCCUGGAGCUCAGCGGGGGCUCGCGUUUUGAAGGGCUUCAGACCGGCCCCGAGGCUCCGGCGCAUUUCGCCAUCACCCCUGCUAGAUGGCGCUGCAGCCCACAGGGGGGCCGCCCCGAAGGCCUGCAGAGCAGCCGGCCCGCCAGCGGGGGCGGCAGCUCAGGCCAGCUGGCCUCCCUGCCACGUGCACACCCUGCCCGGAACCGGGCCCAGCUGCUCGCCGCCCGCCUGCCCACUUCCGUCUCCAGCAAGGGUUCCGGAGGCUGGCGGAGCAGGGGGCGGAGGAUUGAUGACAGCGCGCGUGCCCCUGCGCUCCUCCUCAAAGUUCUCCACGGGGCUGGCAGCCCCGUGCUGAAAGCUGCUCUGUAG